AUGGCACCCUUUCUCCCCGAUUCUGAUCCCUUCCUAGCUCGUAGCGAGCAGUCUCUUCCAGCAAGGACACCUCCCUACGCUCCCGUCAUUGACGAUGCAGAGUAUCCUGCUCUGGUAUUCCCCGGUUAUGCCGAGAAGCCGCUCUCUGAGCAAUUGGAGCCCAUUGCAGUGGUGGGGAUGGGUUGCCGCUUGCCUGGUGAUGUCUCUUCGCCCUCUGAAUUCUGGAACUUGAUGCUCAACAAAAGAACUGGACGCACACCCAAAGUUCCUUCUGACCGAUUCAAUAUCGAUGGUCACUUCCACCCCAACAAUGAGCGACCUGGAAGCUUCAACGUCCUUGGUGGCUACUUCUUGAAAGGCGACCUGCAAGACUUUGACCCUUCCAUGUUUGGUAUUUCCCCCAUUGAAGCCAUGUGGAUGGACCCCCAACAGCGAAAACUGCUUGAAGUCGUCUACGAGGCCUUCGAGUCUGCCGGUGUCUCUCUCGAAGCAAUCUCAGGUACCACAACUGCCGUCUUCGCGGGCAGUUUCACCAGUGACUACCAGCAGAUGUCCUUCAAGGAACCAGACUUCCGACACAGCUAUGCCGCAACUGGAGUCGAUCCUGGUAUCAUUAGUAACCGAAUCAGCCACGUCUUCAACCUUCACGGACCCAGUAUUGUGGUUAAUACUGCUUGCUCUUCGUCCGUUUAUGCUAUGCACAAUGCUUGCAAUGCCCUUCGCAAUGGGGAGUGCUCCGGUGCUGUCGUUGGAGGUGUCAAUCUUAUCAUUACUGUUGACCAGCACAUGAACACUGCCAAGCUCGGUGUCUUGUCUCCUACAUCCACUUGCCGCACUUUCGAUGAGUCGGCUGAUGGUUAUGGCCGUGCUGAUGGCGUGGGCGCCGUCUACUUGAAGAGACUCAGCGACGCAGUCCGAGACGGCGACCCAAUCCGCGGUGUCAUUCGCACCAGUGCCGUGAACUCCAACGGGAAAGCGCCUGCUGUCGGUAUCACUCAUCCCAACCUGGAGGGACAAAAGGAUGUUAUCCAACACGCGUACCGUCGCGGUGGAGACCUUGACCCGCGUCUGACUGGCUACUUUGAGAUCCACGGCACGGGAACUCCCAUUGGUGACCCACUCGAGGUCAAUGCGGUCGCUUUGGCCAUGAAUGGCAAGAGAACCGACGCUGAUGAACCUCUUCUUAUCGGUGCUGUGAAAACAAACAUUGGCCACAGUGAAGCUGCUUCUGGUCUCUCUGCUGUCAUCAAGGCUUGCUUGACUGUUGAGAAUGGCAUCAUUCCUCCUACCCGAGGCUUGAUCAAGCCUAACCCUAAGAUCAAAUGGAAGGACUGGAAAGUCCGGGUUGUCACUGAGCCUCGUCCCUUCCCUGCUCACUUGCCAGUCAAGCGUGUCAGUGUCAACUCCUUCGGUUACGGAGGUACCAACGGUCAUAUAAUCAUCGAGGGUGUCGACUCCUUCUUGCCCGACUACAAGCAUGGAAAGAGGACCACCACUAAGCCUGAAGGCGAUGAGUUGAACCGUCCUUACCUCUUCCCCAUGUCUGCUCACGACAAGCCCACACUCAAGCAGAACAUCGCUGCUUACGAGAAGAUCGUGGACGAAUACGACCCAUUAGACCUCAGUUACACCCUUGCCAACCGCCGAUCCCGCUUCCAGACCAAGGGAUAUGUUGUGGCUACUCCUGCUACCGUUAAAGCUGCUUUCGGAAAUGAUGCUGCUUCUUUCACUAUUGCCGAGAAGAAGAUCAGUGAGAUCGGUUUCGCUUUCACUGGUCAAGGUGCUCAAUGGGCUACCAUGGGAUCUCACCUCAUGAGGUACUAUCCCAGCUUCUUGGCUACCAUCCGUAAACUUGACCAGGCUCUUUGCUCUCUGCCUGAUGCUCCCGAGUGGACUCUGGAGGCUACUUUUCUCGAGAAUGCAAGCACAUCUCGCGUCAACCAAGCUGAGUACUCACAGCCUCUAUGUACUGCUAUUCAGAUUGCCGUUGUUGAGCUACUGCUCUCAUGGGGUGUUCGUCCCAAGGUGACUGUUGGUCACUCCUCCGGUGAAAUUGCUUCCUCUUUCGCUGCUGGCUUGAUCUCCGCCACUGAGGCCAUCAUCGUUGCGUACUAUCGUGGCCAGGCCGUCAAGACCGUCAACACCAACGGUGCUAUGAUGGCCGUUGGUCUCGGCGCCGAAGCUGCUGGAACAUACCUUGCCAACUAUGCCGGAAAGGUCGUUAUUGCUUGCCACAACUCACCAGCCAGUGUUACUCUCAGUGGUGAUGCUCCUGUCCUUGAGGAAAUCAAGGCUGCAAUGGAUGCCGAGGGCAUUUUUGCUCGUCUCGUCAAGACUGGUGGCAAAGCCUACCACUCCCACCACAUGAAGCCUUCUACUGAAGUCUACAAGAAUUUGAUUCUGAAGGCUAGGUCUGUUGUGGAUUUCGGCUCGCCGUUGUCCACUGGCGCCAUCAUGGUCUCUAGUGUCACGAACUCCAGACUUGCCGAGGGUACCGUUGUUGAUGAGAACUACUGGUGUCAGAACUUAAUCAGUCCCGUGUUGUUUAACCAGGCUGUCCAGACUCUUGCUACCGCAAGCGAUCUCUCUGUUGAUGUCUUGAUCGAAAUUGGACCGCACACUGCUCUUUCCAGUCCUAUCAAGCAGGUUUGCAAGGAAUUUGGUUACAAAACCCUCGGAUACAUCCCCACCUUGAUCCGCAAUGAAGACUCUGCUGCUCAGCUCCUCAAGGUUGCCGGUGAGCUCUUCUUGGGAAACUAUCCCGUUGAUCUCGAAACUGCCACUGCCAUCGAGCAGCAAACCACCCCCCUCGAAAAGAUCAAGCUCGUCAAGGGUAAGGUUCUUGUUGACCUGCCAACCUACAAGUGGCACUACCCCAGAAAGCUUUGGGCCGAGCCUCGUCAAUCGCUCGAGCACCGUUCCAUCAAGCACCCUCGUCACGAUGUCUUGGGUCUUCGCAUGCCUGGAUGCUCUGCUGUUGAACCAGUCUGGAGAAACGUCCUCCGUAUCAGAGAUGUCCCAUGGCUCCGGGAUCACUCCCUUGGUGGUGAAGCCGUUUUCCCUGCCGCUGGUUACUUCUCCAUGGCCAUUGAAGCCGUAACCCAAGUCAAUGAACUCAGCGCCAAGCCCGUCAAGAUCGACGGGUUCGUACUCCGUGAUGUUUCCAUCAAGGCGGCUUUGGUCACCCCUGAUGACGACCAAGGUAUUGAGGUCAUGUUCAGCUUGCGACCAUCUAUCUUCACUGAAGCUGAACAGGGCCAGUGGUGGGACUUCAACGUUUCCUCUGUCUCUGCUACUGGUCACUGGAACGACCAUGUUACUGGUACUAUUGGUAUCAACAGCCGUCAGCGUGGUCAGAUCCCUCGACGCAUUCCCAACCUUCCUCAACGUGCCACUGGCAAGGCCUGGAACGAUAGCCUCAAGGAGGUUGGGUUCGAUUACGGUCCAUCCUUCCAGGGUAUGGUUGACGUCCAGUCUGAUGGCAAGAACUACAUUGCUGCUACUCACUUUGACAUCAAGCAAGAGUCUGGUGCCAUGGAGGGUGAAUCUCGUUACGUCUUGCAUCCAGGAACUGUUGAUCUUUGCUUGCAGCUUAUUAUCGUCUCUAUCUACGCUGGUAAGCUCAAUGACAUGACCUGUGGCGCUGUUCCCAUCCAAGUCGAUGAAGUCGCCAUUUGGCCACCAAGUGAGGAGCAAGUCAAGGACCCUGCUGCCAUAGCUUUCUCUUUCACUGACCAGCGUGGUAUUCGUUCUUUUGUCAGCGGCUCUCAGCUCGUUGCCAGUAACGGUGAGCUUCUCAUGGAUAUUACUGACAUGCGCUGUGUUGCUUACGAGGCCGCUGUUCCCCAACGUGCUGAAGAAGCUACUGAGCCCCAGCCAUAUCAAGAGACUGUCUGGAAAUACGAUAUUGACAGUUUUUCUUGGGCCAACAACUUGGGCAACCUCACUACCGCCAAAUUGGUUGAAGCUCUUGCUCACAAAGCACCAGGAUCCAAGGUCCUCGAGAUUGGAUUUCAGAACACUGCUAGCAUCCUGGAAGAGCCUUUGCAAAUAAACUACACUGUGGUUGAGCAAUCCGAUGAGGCUGUUGAAGCUACCAAGGCCAAGUUCGCCAAUGCUAAGAGCCUCAAGGUUGAGAAACUGGACAUCUCCGUGCCUCUCGCCGACGAGGCAGUUAGCGGUACCUACGAUCUAGUUAUUGCUACUGAUAAAGUGGGAGCUACUGUGCUUGAGAACAUUCGUAAACUGGUCAGUCCUGGUGGACGGCUUGUCUUGAAGCAAGGUAGCGUUCCCGCUACUGGCUUUGAAAAUGUCGAAAUCUUCGUGGAGAAGAAAAACAAGACUCUUGCUUUCUCUAAAGCUGCUGUGGAUGAGGAAACUCCAGCUGCUAAAGAGGUCACCUUGGUCUACCGCAACAAUCCUGCUCCUAUCCUCAGUCCUAUUGAGGAGGAGUUGACUAAGGCUGGCUUCGUUACUAAAAGAAGCCGCCUGGACGCUCUUGAAGCUAAGGAUGGUGAGUCUGUCAUCGUCGUUGGUGAUCUCGAAGGCUCUCCUCUGCUCGCUACCGUGCAGGAGAAGGAGUUCGAAGGUAUCAAGCAUCUUACCAGCAAGGCCUCUUCUAUUCUCUGGGUUACUGCGGGUGGUAUCUUGACUGGUAAGGACCCCGAGUACGCCAUGACCAACGGUCUUGCUCGAUCAGUCACUUCGGAGCAAGCUUCAUUGGACUUGAUUACUUUGGACUUCGACCUUGAUACUAGCUCCGUCUCUCAACUUGCUUCUAUCAUUGCUAAGACCGCCAAGCGCCAGUCCAAGAAGGCUGACAUCCGUGAGACUGAAUACGUUGUCUCCAACGGUCUUGUCUACAUCAGCCGUCUAGUAGCCAACCGUGGUGCUUCCAACACUACCGUGAAGAGCACCUCUAUCCCUACUCCUUUCACUGAGGAUCAGCGCCUGGUUGCUCAAGCCCAACAAGGCAAGAUUACCUGGACUGCAGACAAGCGCGAGCACGAUCCAUUAAGCCCCGGCGACGUUGAAGUCAAGCUGCUCUACGCUGGUCUCAACAAGGAGGAUACCGUUGUCAUCAAUGGCAACGACUACCCUACCACCUUCAGCCACGAAAUCUCAGGAACUAUCACCAAGGUUGGAUCUAAGGUCACUAAUUUCAAGGCUGGAGAUGUCGUUGUUGGUCUCAAGUUUGACAAGUUCGCCUCCUUCCAACGCACUUCUGCCAAUUUGCUUCAAAAGGUCGAGAAGGACGAGGACGUUACAAAGUUGGCUUCUGUUCCCUGGAGCUUUGCUUCUGCCAUCUAUGGUUUGGAGACUCUUGCCAGAAUUGAGCCUGGCGAGACUGUUCUCAUAUUGAGCAACACUGGUACCGUUGGCGCCGCUGCUCUCAAGGUCGCUCAGGCACUCAACGCUAAACCCUACAUUGUUGCUGAUUCUGAGAUGGAUGUCUCUAAAAUUGUUAGCAAGUUCGGUAUUGCCCGCGACCAGAUUGUCAUUCCUACCAUUACAUCCUUGGCUCGUGACUUCAAGGCUUUGACGAAGGGCCGAGGAUUUGAUGUAAUCUUCAGCGGUGGCUACACCGACCCUGUUCUCGCUCGCGAGUCCUGGCGGUAUACUGCUCCUCUCGGUCGAUUCGUCGACUUUGGUCGCAAGAACGUCCUUAAGCGUGCUCUCCUUGACACCCUUCCUCUGCACCAGAGUGCUAGCUAUCUUUCAUUUGACCUUUUGGACUUAUAUGCUCACAAACCUCAGACCUUGACCUACUUACUCAAAUCUGCUGUUACCCUGUACCACAAGGAUCCCAACAUUGUCGUUGAAGCACCAGAAAUCUUCCAUGUUGCCGACCUUGAAUCUGCAGUGUCCUCUUUCUCUAAUAAUAUUCUUUCAAGCAAGAAAUUGAUUGCUUACCGGCCUUCUGAGAACCAGUUGGAAGUUAUUCCUACUGCUCCUACUCUGCGCUUCAGCCCCGACGCAACUUACUUCUUGGUUGGUUGCUUGGGUGGUUUGGGACGUAGUCUCACAUCCUGGAUGACCGAGAACGGAGCCAGACGCUUCGCUUUCCUUGGUCGUUCUGGUACUGACCAAGAACAGGCCAGAAUCCUUGUUGAAGACUUGCAAAAGGCCGGUGUUCACUGCCAGAUUAUUCGAGGUGAUGUUGCCAGCAAGGAAGAUGUUGAGCGCGCCGUUGCCAGCAUUCCUAAGAAACACCCCAUUCGUGGCGUUGUACAAGCUGCUAUGGUUUUAAGGGACGGUUUGUUCCACUCCAUGACCUACAACAACUGGCUUACCGCUACUUGCCCUAAGGUCCAGGGUACCUUGAACCUCCACGAGAUUCUCGCAGACACUCCUCUAGACUUUUUCGUGACCACCAGUUCCACCUCUGGUACUCUCGGUACCCCUGGUCAGGCCAACUACUCUGCCGCCAACAGCUUCUUGGACAACAUUGCCCGCUACCGCGUUAACCACGGCCUGCGUGCAUGCUCUAUUGUCUUACCUAUGGUUCUUGGUGUUGGUUACGUUGCUGAGCACCCUGAAGUUGAAGAAGCCCUGCGCCGAAAGGGUAUCUACGGUAUUGACGAGACCCAUCUUCUAGAAUCAUUUGCUACAUCCAUGCUCGUCCAAACCAGCAAAAGACCCGUCGACCACAUUAUUGUCGGAUUGGACCCCGUCAAGCUCCAAAAGUCCAUCAGCAGCGCUGAUACUACUGACGGGUUCUGGCUCGAAGAUACUCGUUUCAAGACCCUCUUAGAGUCCAUGAAAUCUGCCGACUCUGCCGGUAGCCCUGAAGCUUCCCGUACCAUCUUAACUACCAUCCGCACCGCUGCCACUCCCGCUGAAGCUGUCCAGAUUACUAGCGACUACUUCACUCAAAAACUGUCUCGUCUACUCGUUCUUGACCUCGACAUAUUUGAGCCUCACACUAAGGCCAUUGCUGACUACGGUCUUGACAGUAUGAUUGGUGCCGAAUUGCGAAACUGGAUCUUCAAGGAGCUUGGCCUUGAUAUUCCUUUCCAGAGAUUGCUUGGUCCUGAGCUUACUAUCUGGAAGUUUGCUAUUGAAGUGUGCGCUAACCAGGGACAAGUUUUAGAGGGAUCUUCUUAA